AUUAUUAAAUAAAAAUCAGUUUGGGCAUGUUGGGGGGGGGAGGUUCAGGUUUUUGCCCUUGCCCCCUUCUUCUCCAUUGGGGGAAAAAAGCUGGAAUGUGAAGGAAGGAGGAUGAAAAUCUCCCUUUCAAAAAUAAAACUUACACACACACACACACACACACAACAUUCAAAUGGAAGGAAUUGUGGGCUUGUUGGUUUUUUUUCAUUCCCUUCAGAAAAACACACAACAUUUUUGACCAGUUCUGCUCAUAACAUGAAUCAGCAGCCUCUGCUCAGGCUGCAGAUAAAUCACUUCGCUACAAAUGUUUGCGGCCACUGGGGGGAGGGAGGGGGGGAAAUAGUUGUUAAAAUGCAAGAUAAACAUAAUUGAAAGCAAAUAUUUCCUGUGUACAGUAGGAACUAGCUUCGGAACCAGGCCAGCGAAACAUACAGGUCACUGCCCUGCCAUAAUGUAUGGAGGCAGGAGGGGCAGAAGGCUCGUUAGAAACAAAUCCCUGGAAACGGGGCUUGGGUUUAUCCGUGGGGAAAGUGACUGGAUAAACAAGCCCCCAGGCAAUGCCUAGACAUUUUAACCACAAGCUGUCUUGCAAAAAGCUUUACAGCACCGGGGGGCGAUUUCCUGGUCGCGCAAUAGCCCUGCCCAGGUGCCUUUCUCCUGCCCUAUACCUUUGGGGGGUUGGAGCUUUGAAGGCAGAGCUGCCUAGGUAGGCUUGCGCUCCGGCACCUGGCUGCAGAGGGAGGGAGGGCGCUCCUAGGGGGUUGGUUAAAGGAAGGCUGGGCAAUACCUGGGGGUCAAGGGGAGUGGUGGAUGGGAGGCAGCCGGGCUGGGAGCUCCCGGCAGGAUGGGGAGGAGAUGAGAGAAGCAGGGGGAGGUGGCAGUGCCAGGUAGGGGAGGAAAGGGGGCUGCCUGGCGGAGGGGGCUGCUGGAUCGAGGCUAAUGGGCAGGGGCGCUAGCUGGAGGAGGCAGCGAUGCUUGGGGCAGGAAGGGGAGCAGCAGGAGGGGGCAGAAGCCAAGCCCGCCUCAGCAGCCCUCCCCCGGGAAGGGGGUGUUCCCCCAAAGGGGCUCAGGACCGCUCCGCAGCGCGCCACGGGCACCACUCGUGCCUAGGGAGACUGGGGCAGGCCCCGGGCGGCAACCCCCCUGCAGAAGCCUGGCGCUGGGCUCGAUCCUCCGACUCCCUCCCCUGGAGUCUGAGCCCAGGUGGCUCCGGCGGGAGAGGAUUCCAGCCAUUUGCUGCCCCCUAGCGUUGGACAGGGGCCUCUCUCCUGCCUCGGUAAACGCUGAGCGUCGACUCGGUGCAGCUGCAGCAGGGGGUAGCGCGGUCUAUAUUUAGCGGUGUGGUUGCCUCUUUCUUUAAAAAUGCCCCGGCGUGGCUCCUUCCCCCAGCGCUUGCCCUGCAGAGAAGGAGUUUUUUGCAUCCUCCUGGCGUGGAGCUGGACCGGAUCCUCGUGGAUGUCAGGCUCUGGGAUCCCUUUUCUUUCCAAAGUAACAACUCCCUCCUCUUCCUCCUCUCCCCCCUCCCCGAUCAGCAAGGGAAUGCAACAGAAGCGUUAGGAGGAGUUUGGAGAACUGAGGUUGCCACCACCCCGGGAAGCGAGGCACAGAGCUCGCUCUCUCUCUCUCAGCCGUGCUACCAAUUGAAUGCAAAGUUUGAGCAUCCGAGGAGCUGGUACUUUCCGCCCCUCCCUCCGCCUUAGAGCUGGGUUUUCCUUUCUGUCUCCUGGACUGGGAAGGGAGGGGAGGAUGGACGUGAAAUUUACAAGCGCUCUCUUGUUGCAUCCGUCCGGCCAACUCCUGCAUCCUCAACCGAGGCAUCUUCUCGGAUGAAGGCGAGCCAAGGGUACCCCAUGCUCUUCCUUUCCUUUUGCUCUCCCCAUCGCUUCCCGGGAGACUUGCCCGUCUGGGGUGGGCUGGAAAGCUGAGAUACAACCUCCCGGCUGGGGACUUGACUGGGGGUGAGUGGGGGAGGAAGAAACUCUUUGCGGUGCAAGGGAGGGCGGCGGGGGAACAUCCCCGGCGUCCCUUUCACAGUGGAGCCAUCCUCCAUGGAGACCGGACCCUUUUAAAAUGACUUUCCCUGAUCUGAUCAAUGCCAGCUUGAAUGGGAACCGGACGGGACAGGGCAGCGCUAACCGGUCCUGGAGGGAGUGGGGGCUGCCGGGGGAGGACGCGGAGACCAAUGGCACCUCCCUGCCUUUGGCCCUGGAUCUCCAGGCGGUGGGCGUGGGGGUCUUCCUGGCCCUCUUCAUCCUUUCGGCCAUCGUGGGCAACAUCCUGGUCAUCCUCUCGGUGGCCUGCAACCGGCACCUGCAGACGGUCACCAACUACUUCAUCGUCAACCUGGCCAUCGCGGACCUGCUGCUCAGUACCACCGUGCUGCCCUUCUCGGCCACCCUGGAGGUGCUGGGCUCGUGGGCUUUCGGGCGCAUCUUCUGCGACAUCUGGGCGGCGGUGGAUGUCCUGUGCUGCUCCGCCUCCAUUAUGAGCCUGUGCAUCAUCUCGGUGGACAGGUACAUCGGGGUCAAGUACUCCCUCAAGUACCCCACCAUCAUGACCGAGAAGAAGGCGGUGGUCAUCCUCGGGGUGGUCUGGCUCUCCUCCAUGGUCAUCUCCAUCGGGCCCCUGCUGGGAUGGAAGGAGCCGCCUCCCCCGGACGAGAGCAUCUGCAGCAUCACCGAGGAGCCGGGCUAUGCCCUCUUCUCCUCCCUCUUCUCCUUCUACCUGCCCCUCAUGGUCAUCCUGGUGAUGUACUUCAGGAUCUACGUGGUGGCCCGGCGGACCACCAAGAGCCUGGAGGCGGGGGUCAAGAAGGAGAGGGGCAAGUCCAUGGAAGUGGUGUUGCGGAUCCACUGUCGCAGCGUGGUGGAGGACUCGCUCUCCAGCGCCCGGAGCAAAGGGCACAACUUCAGGAGCUCGCUUUCCGUGCGCCUCCUGAAGUUCUCCCGGGAGAAGAAAGCGGCCAAGACCCUGGCCAUCGUCGUGGGGGUUUUCAUUCUCUGCUGGUUCCCUUUCUUUUUCGUCCUGCCUUUCGGUUCCUUCUUUCCUUCCCUGAAGCCCUCUGACAUGGUCUUCAAGAUCAUCUUCUGGCUGGGGUACUUCAACAGCUGCGUGAACCCCAUCAUCUACCCCUGCUCCAGCAAAGAGUUCAAGAGAGCUUUCAUCAGGCUGCUCAAAUGUCAGUGCCGCCGGCGCCGCCGGCCCAUCUGGAGGGUGUACGACAACCACUGGCGCGCCGCCUCCAUGAGCAGCUCAGGGCGGGAUUCCGACAUGGACAUGGGGCCCAGAAUCGCCACCCUCAACAGCUCUUUCAUAUUGAACUCCACCCCUCAGGAAAGAACCCCUAAGAGGCGAACGCUAAGCUUCAAAGGGUGGAAAAUGGUCACCGCUUUCCAAAAACCAUCCUCCACCCAACUGAAAGAAAAGAUGAACAGCCUCUCCAACAAAAUAAGGGGCUCCAGCAAAGGGGGCAUGACCGCAGCUUAUAAAAUGGAGGUGGAGUCCGUUUCCUUAGGGAUCCCUAAUGACUUCAUGGAGGCUAUUGACUACCAAAUGUACGAUUUACCAGACUGCUGCGGGCUCAGAGAAACGGAUAUUUAAAGCCCAGGGACAACGAUUUGUUUGUUUUUAAAUGUGCAUUACAUGUGGGUAGAGGGGACGAAAACGGGAUGCAAUCAAUACGUUUGUCAGGCAGGCUGGAAAAAGCGAUCGGGUGUCAAAUGAGCCACCGGCAGGUCUUGUGAUCACCGCCCACUAAGGUUACAGGAAUAAGGGUUUAGUAUAAGGGCAAUACUAGUGCUCUAAUGGGAUGCCAGAGUCUGAUCC